AUGGUGCCAAAGUCUGCUAACUGUGCCACUGCAGGCCCCAGACGGUGCCCAGCUGGCCACAGCGCACAUCCUCUGCCUCCGGGGCCCCUCCUGGGGGCGCAGGUCCCUCCAGACAUGAUGGGGUGGCCGUGGCUGUCCUGCCUCUUGCUUCCUGCCCUUGGGGUGUCUGUGGCAGCCAAUACGGCCCCAAUAUUUGUGUCCAACAUGUCAGCAGUGAGCCUGCCCGAAGACCUGCCAGUGGGUGCUGAGGCCUUCUGGCUGGUAGCUCAGGACCAAGAAAAUGAUGAGCUGAAAUACGGGAUUAGUGGUUCCUAUGCCUACUUCUUCAGUGUCACCUCAAAUACUGGGGAAGUGAAGCUGGCCAGCCUUCUGGACUAUGAGACACUCGACUGGUUCACCAUCAACAUCUUUGUGAGCGACAGUCACGACAACCGAGUACAGAAAGAAAUGCAGGUGAUCGUAGAGGACAGAAAUGACAAUGCGCCCGUUUUCCAGAGCAUAAGCUUCUCCACCAACGUCAGUGAGACUCUGCCGGUGGGCUCCGUGGUCUUAUCUGUGCUGGCCACGGACAAAGACACAGGCUCGGCGGGCACCGUGGUAUACUCCAUAGAAAAAGUCGUUCCUACCACGGAGGGCAGUGAGUACCUCUUCAGGAUCCUACCCAAUGGUUCCAUCAUCCUCAAUGGCAGCCUCAACUACAACAGCAAGAGUUCCUUCUAUCAGCUGGAGCUGAAGGCCUGUGACUCGGGCGGCCUGUACAACAAUCACAAGGUCGUCCAGUGCUCCUCAUCUGUCUUCGUGUCCAUCUCUGUAAUCGACAAGCCAGACCUGGACCCCCAGUUUGUUAGGGAGUUUUACUCAGCCUCUGUGGCUGAGGAUACACCCCAGGGAACCUCAGUGCUGAAGGUGGAGGCCAUGGAUGGCGACAGAGGCAUCAAUGACCCUGUGAUCUACAGCAUCUCCAAUUCCACAAGGCCUGGCUGGUUUGACAUUGGCAAGCAAGAUGGGGUGAUCACGGUCAACAGUCCCCUGGACAGAGAGCAGCUCCUGGAGGAGGAUGAGGAAGUGCAAGUGCAGGUGACGGCCACCGAGACGCACCCCAACAUCCACGGGCAGGAGGCCAAGGCAAGCAUAUGGGUCACAUUGAGAGUGACAGACGUCAAUGACCACGUCCCUGAGUUUUACAACUGCAGCCUCCAAGCCUGCUCCUUCACUCCCAAAGAGACUCAAGUCAACUUCACUGGCUACGUGGAUGAGCACGCCUCCACGCGCAUCCCCAUUGAGGACCUCACCAUGGUGGUCUACGACCCAGACAAGGGCAACAACGGCACCUUCCUGCUGACCCUGGGGGGCCCGGAUGUCGAUGCCUUCAGCGUCUCCCCGCAGCGGGCAGCGGGCUCAGUGGAUGUGCAGGUGCUGGUGAGGGACUCAUCGCUGGUGGACUACGAGAGGCAGUCAGUGAUGCUGGUGCAGGUCACGGCCACUGACUCUGUCAGCGGGAACACCUCUGUCGCCUCGGUGACCAUCCACCUUCGAGACACCAAUGACCACAGGCCCACAUUCCCCCACAGCAUGUACAACCUCAGCGUCUUUGAGCACAGUGCUGUCGGCUCUGUGGUCACCGACAGCAUCCAGGCCUCCGAUCCCGACACAGGCGAGGGGGGCCACAUCACCUACAGCCUGCUUCCAGGGAAUGGGGCGGACAUCUUUGCCGUGGAUCCAAACUCGGGGCAGGUGACGGUGAGAAACAGCGAGCUGCUGGACCGGGAGAAGCAGGCCGUGUACUACCUCACGCUGCAGGCCACGGAUGGUGGGGACCUGUCAUCCUCGACCAUGCUACAGAUCCACGUGCUAGACAUCAAUGAUAACAGCCCUGUGGGCAGCGGCUCCUACAACAUCUUUGCCCAGGAGGAGGAGGGAAGUGUCUCUGUGACCAUCCAGGCUCACGACGAUGACCAGCCAGACACCAACAACAGCCUGCUGCACUUCAGCCUCCUGCCCAGCCCCUACAGCCACAACUUCUCAGUGGACCCCGACAAAGGCAUCCUCAGAAACCUGGGGCCCUUGGACCGAGAGGCCAUCGACCCUGCUCUGGGGGGCCGCGUCGUGCUGACCGUGAACGUGUCUGACUCUGGCGAACCUGCGCUCUGGACCACUGUCAGUGUCACCAUCACCGUGGAGGACAUCAAUGAUAAUCUGCCCAUCUUCAACCAGUCCAGAUAUUCCUUCUCGGUGAGGGAGAGAGACCCAGGAGUGCAGGUGGGCGUGGUGGAGGCCUGGGAUGCAGACCAGACAGAAGCCAACAACCGCAUCAGCUUCAGCCUGUCAGGGAGCGGCGCCAACAAUUUCAUGGUGCGAGGCUCGGUGCUGGGGUCUGGGCAGGCAGUGGGCCGCCUCUCAUUGCCCUCGGAUGUGAGCCUGGACUAUGAGACACAGGCCUCCUUCAGUCUGAUCGUGAGCGCCGAGAACACGGAUGCGCAGGGGCGUGAGGCUACAGCAGAAGUCCUUGUGACUGUGGAGGAUGUGAAUGAUGUGCCACCCACCCUGGACUCAGCCUCGCUCCAGGGUGUCCGGGUGGCUGAGAAUGGCUCACAGCACGGCAUAUUGGUCAAUGUGGUGGCCCAGGACAGGGACACCAUGUCCCAGGUGGAGGUACAGCUUGUGAAUGUCAUCUGCACCAAGGCUGGAGUUGACGUGGGCAGCCUGUGCCGCGGCUGGUUCUCUGUGCUGGCCAAUGGCUCGGUGUUCAUCAACCAGAGUGAGGCCAUCGACUAUGAGACCUGUGACUUGGUCACGCUGGUCGUGCGAGCCUAUGACGUCACAACAGACCCCCGCUUCCAGGCCUACAGUGACAAUGGAAGCCUCCCCAUCACCAUCGAGGAUGUGAAUGACAAUGCCCCUUACUUUCUGCCUGAGGAUAAGACUUUCGUGAUUAUCCCAGAACUCGUAAUGCCCAACCAGCAGGUGGCGUCUGUCCAGGCCAGAGAUGACGACUCAGGAAACAAUGGGGCCAUUCUGUUCUCCAUCCUCCAAGUGGAUUUCAUCUCUAAAGACGGGGCCGUGAUCCCUUUCCAGGGCUUCUUCCGGAUCUCCACUUCCUCGGAGGCUAGCGUGUUCACUGGCAACAUUGACCUGGUGACCAGCCUUGAUUCCACUCUCCAAGGCACCUACCAAGUGACGGUCAAGGCCCAAGACAAGCCUUCUGAGGGUCUUGCCCAGGAAGCCAGAAUCACCCUAAACCUCUUCACCGUGGACCAGAGUUACCGUGUGAGGCUGCAGUUCUCACUGAGCAAGGAGGAGGUGGGCGCCAAAACGGAUGAGAUUAAGGCGGCUCUUGCUCAGGCAACCAGGACCACUGUCUACAUUGUGAACAUUCAGGACAUAGACUCCCAGGUUCGGGCCCGAGGACGUUCCUACCUCGAUGCCUAUUUUGUCUUCUCAAAUGGGUCGGCCUUGACCCUUGACCAGCUGAGUGUGAUGAUCCGGAAUGACCAGGACUCCCUGACGCAGCUGCUGCAGCUGGGGCUGGUGGUACUGGGCUCCCAGGAGAGCCUAGAGUCGGAGUCACCGGACACGCUCCGCAACGUCACCAUAGGACUGGGAGUGGCUUUGCUGCUGGUCAUCGUGAUCUUUAGCACGAUCGUCAUGUGUACCCAGAAGAGCUACCAGCGGAAGCUUCGGGCUAUGAAAGCUGCCAAGGAGGCCCGGAAGACAGCGGUGGGGGUGAUGCCCCCAGGCUCUGCCAUCCCUGGGACGAACGUGUACAACACUGAGAGGGCUAAUCCCAUGCUGAACCUCCCCGCCAAGGACCUGGGCUUUGAAUCCCAAUCUUCCUCCAGCGACUUGGACCACAUCAGCGUCAACUCCCUGGAUGACAAUUCUGUGGAUCUGGAAAACAGCAGGCAGGAAAUCAAGAAGGAGCCCCUGCAUGCUCCCAUGGGGCCAGAUCCAGAGCCCUGGGACAGUGAGCUCUUCGGGAGGAAGGAGGAGCUGGUCUUCACCAACCUUGGCCUGGACACCACAAACCUGUGA